AGUGGCCAUAGUUGACAGGGUCUAUUCCUGUGGUCCUUAGGAAGUCAGUCAGUAGGUUAGUGUGUUCGGGUAGGGCUACGUGGUGAGGAGUGGGACCCUUGUCGUGCCCCAACACCACGAUGGACGACUACCCGAUGUAUGGGUUGCUGGUUGGGUUCUCCUUCUGGGGGACCCUCUGGCGUCUCCUCUUUCCUCUAGGAUUUUGGCAUACCUUUGCGUGUAGAGUAAGGCCCACUCAAGGUGGUACCGCCACCCAACCAUACACGAAGGAGGAGGAGGAGAAGAUGGCCGCCAUCCUGCAAGAGAGGAAGGAGAAGAAGGAGACAAAGAAGAAGGCCUUGAAAGAGGAACAUGCGGCCAAACUAAAGAAGAUGGAAGAAGCGAUGGCAAGGGAGAAAGAGAGGUUGAAAAGGGAAGAAGAAGAGAAGCUGAAGGAGGUGGAUGAAGAAGAGGAAGGACCGCCACUGCAAAAGAGUGGGCAGCACAGCGGCAGCAGCAGUGAUGAGAUGGAGAAGAAAAUUUCGGAGUGGGUCGCCAACUUAUCCCUGGGUGAGGAGGAAGAGGUCGCUAUGUACAUCCCCAAGGGUGAGCAAGAAGCUGCCAUGAAGAAAUGGGAAGCAGAAGAAGAUGUUAUGACGCGGCGGACGAUGGAGGAUGAACAGAGGAUGGCGUGGAAGCUCGUAGUGAUGAGGGAGAAGAAGAGAAGAGUGGAGGCGGCGAAUGCAGCAAUGCAAGAACUAGCGAAGUCGGACCCUCGACGAGCAUCAGGGUCAUCUCAGGCAAGUCUUGGGGAAGCUGAGAGAAGCUUACUUCAAGAUCAAUGCAAGAAGUGCGAUUGGGCGAAGACCCAAGUUUUGUAUCUAGGCCACGUCUUGGACGGAGACGGCGUUAAGCGCGAAGAUAGCAAGAUCGCAGCGAUUAGAGAUUGGCCCACGCCACGUACGCUGACAGAGUUGCGCUCGUUCCUGGGCUUAGCGAAUUACUAUAGGAAGUUCGUAAGGAACUUCUCCACCAUCGCUGCGCCCCUUUGCAGAUUGCUGAGAAAAGAGACAAUCUGGAAGUGCGACAAGGAUUCCACGUCCGCCAUGAAGAAGCUAAAGCAGGCGUUGAUAGAGUAUCCGGUCCUUAAGGUCGCCGAUCCGUCCUUGCCUUUUGUUGUUACUACGGAUGCUAGCCAGUACGGCAUAGGCGCAGUGUUACAGCAAGACGAUGGCAAUGGCUAUAGACCCGUAGAGUUCAUGUCCGCUAGGAUGCCUUCAGAGAAGGUUGCGACAUCUACCUAUGAGAGGGAACUCUACGCUCUCAGGCAAGCAUUAGACCACUGGAAGCACUACUUGCUCGGGAGGCACUUCAAAGUCUAUUCGGACCAUGAAACGUUACGGUGGUUAAAGACCCAGGCCAAGAUGACACCUAAGCUUACUAGGUGGGCCGCAAAGAUAGAUCAGUACGACUUUGAGCUCAAGCCUGUCAAAGGGAAGUACAACGUAGUCGCGGAUGCUCUGAGUAGGAGAGCAAAUUACUUUGGGGCAAUAGUAUAUUUCCUCGAUAUAGGAAAGGAUCUGCAGCAGAAGGUUAGCGAAGCCUACGCGCAGGACCCAAUCUAUAGUGAGCUCCUCACGCGAGUCAAGGAGGCCCCAGAGACCGAGCCGAACUACCCCACUACUGGGGGGUUACUCUUCGAGAAGACUAAUGUCUUUGACCGGUUGUGCAUCCCCAAUAGCGAAGAGAUCCGUAGUCUGAUUCUGGGGGAAUGUCACGACACAGAGGGUCAUUUCGGUUGGCAAAAGACUUUGGCCAAUCUGAUGCGCGCGUAUACCUGGCCAGGGAUGAAGAAUGACUGCGUAGAGUAUGUUCGCAGUUGCAAAGUCUGCCAGCGUAAUAAGAGUCUUACGCGCAUCCCGCUAGGUCUUCUCAGACCCUUGCCCAUUCUGGAGCAGCCAGGAGACUCAGUGUCAAUAGAUUUCAUGGACACUCAAGUCAAGAGCAGGCAUGGCAAGAGCCAAGUCAUGGUCAUAGUUGACCGCUCUAGCAAAUGAAGCGGGUAUCUGGCAGCGGCUGAAACUAGUGG